CGUGGCGCGCGAACCAGUAAGCUCUAAGCCGCCGCGACGUGCUAACGUCCCGCACGAAGUAACGGGCCUCGAGCUCAGAGUGUAGCUGCAGCGAUAUCGACACGAACGACAUGGAGGUAGCAGGCCAGUGGCGCCGGGAGUGGGCCGGCACUGCCGAGUUUGGGAAGGUGACGGAGGGCGGUGUGACGCGUCAGGUGGCGCGCGCUAUGGAGGUGCUCCACGCCAGCGCCCCCGGAGCGCACAUGCGCGUGAUGCGCGCCGCGUAUCACUCCACCGCCGGCCCUGGGAUACCCGCCUCCUCCUUUAUGCUCCACUCUUCAAGAAGGGUCAUAUCGUCCGGAUUCAAUCUUCUAGAAUCACCGUCAUUUCCGAGCAAACCGUUGGAGAUAUCGUCUACUCCACUAGAAUCUUUUCCCGACACAAACACAGAGACAGAAAAUUACAAAGUGACAGAACCAGACGACACCGAGAUCUCAGAACCAUCAAAAUGGAAAGCCACAAACGCGAGCACAUUGCGCAUGCCCAGCGAAGAGUCAUCGUCAACAGAUAAUGCCAGCAUUAUUGAUCUGGACAGCAGAUCUCCACACAAGGAUAUAUUCAGAAAAUACUCGUAUGACUCGGAAAAUGACAUUCUAUCCUCUAAAAGAAGUAGCGCUCGAGUUUCACCUCUUUUGGAUACACCUGUUACACUCAGCACACUCAAAUAUAAAUCACUUUUAAACAGUAGUAAUGACUGGAAUAAUAGAAGAAAUAGCUACAGCUUCGAAGAUACAUGUCCCGUAAAUGAAACUAUUUUUCAUAGUAACGAUAUAUUAGCCAUGGAGUCCUCUACAGACAGUGGUAUUUGUAAAUCAACUGAAAUUGUCAAUGAGCAAGGUGAUGAUCAUGCAUAUACCAAUUAUUUUGACAAAGUAAACAGAAAUAUAGAUACACAAAAUGAAACAUUCAAAGAUUGGCUUCAUAAAACUCGCCCGAAAACAGUGUAUAAAGGCCUACAACAGCCCAGUUGGAGACAGCACGAAAUUGUAAUUGAAGAUCCAUCUGAAAAUAAAGUAUCAUUGAAAUCACCAGGUAAAGUCUGUAUAACGGUACCCAUAACAAUAGAAAAAGACCGAUACUCGAUUGAAGAUAGCGACAGAAAAGUAAAAAAGGUUGAAUUUUGUAAAACGGAAUUACAUUUUGCAGCCGAAUCAGGACGAGUGAAUAUUAUAGCAACAGAUGAGAAACCACCACCUUCAAAUGACUUUAGAAAAAGAAGAAGUGCUUUCGUACCUAUAACUCAUAAGUUUGAUAAACCAAUCACAUUGUUUGGCGAGAAAGGAGACACGUCAAAUCCUAUAAAAUGUAAUGAUUAUUUAACAUAUGGUAACAGUGAGAUUACUGAAGAAGAAAAUGAGAAUACAGCAGCUACAAAGAGUAUUCUCAAAAAUAAAAUUCCAAAACCCAAACCGUAUCUAUUAGGUGAGAACACGGUACUUGGGAAUUCGGAUAAUAUAAGUGAAAGGGAUCUAUUGAAUAAUUCCAUUACUGCUUCGGGAGUUUCAUUAAUUAAUAAACAACUAGAAUCUGAAAGAAUAUAUAACAACGGAAAAACAUCCACAUUACAUAGCGAAAUUAGUCCAGACUACAACAGUACUUAUAAUUGGACAGUAGACAAAGGUCCAUCAACAAGUGAAAGUCCUACUAAUGACAAGAAGAAAAUUGGUCAGACACAUCAAAAGGAAGCAACCAGAGUUGACUCAGUUAAGAAGAAAGUAGUUCACGCAUUACCGAUAUCACCAGUUACAAAUACUAAAACAAGGCAACUUCGAGAAAGCGAUUUGAUGUAUUUUGGUAUCGACAAUGAGAGAAAAAAUAGCGUAAAAGAAAAAGCAAAAUGCAUUGAAUCAAUAUUCACUAAUAACAUAUCUGAUAAUAGUUUCCAAUCAGUAAAACUGAUAAAGCGAUUAUCAAAUAGUGCUUGCAAUAGUGAAGCUGAAUCAGAAGACGCACCGGAAUAUCAAAAUAUAAUUUUGAAAAAGAAUCAAUCGCAACCGAUACCUAAGCCUAGAUCAAAAUAUAACACAGCGUCUGAAAAGCACACCGACCUGUUACAACCUAUAGUAGAACAAUAUAGUAUUCAAGAAUCUCGCAGGUCUAGAUCUAAGAGAUUAGAAGAGAUAGUUCCAACGCCCAGAAGUCGAUCCGAACCAGCCAAGAAACACAUUUCGCAAGUUUCGUCCAGGGCUGACUCACGUGGCAAUGAUACUACAACAACAAAUAGUAUAAAAAGAAAUUCUCCGUCUCCAAGGUCAAAGAACUAUCAAGAUAGUGAAAAAUUACGAAGAAAGCCAUCACCAAUAAAAAGAGAAGUUCGCAAAAAUAGCAUCUCAGAAGACGAAACUCCGCUGUAUGUCAAUUUAAAUACAAAAAAUGGGCUUCAUCCAAAAUGUACAAAUUCUGAAUGGAAUAAUCAAAAGUCAGAAUUGGUGCAAGAUAUUCCAAGUGAGAAUAAAAAUAAUUCUAAAAAAAUAAAACGCAAAGAAUCUUCACCCCAAACCAAUAAGAAGUCUCCAGAUAAAAAUAAAGCAAAUGUAUUAAAUAAACCAAUAAAAGAUGUAACUACUUUGGGGAAAACACAUAUUACAAAGAAAACAAACAAAGUUCAACGCACAAAAAAAUUGGUAACUCCCCAACAAUCGCUCUGUGAUCAGCCUCAAAACGAAGAGUUAACUAAAAUAAUUGCGGUCAGCAAUUAUAAUGACGUAGAUGUUAUAAACACAAAACCGAAGCUGAGAAAUCGCUCGAGCAACAGAAAACCAAGAGAGGAGAAUCAUUUAGACCUAAAGUCAUCUCAUCAAAUCGAAGACAAAAGACAUGAUAAAAAAUACGUAACAAAAGAAUCUAAUAGCAGCAAAGAAUCUGUAAAAGGUCACAAAAUAUAUGGACAUUCUAUCAAUGGUAAUUUAAAAACAAUUGAUAGUAGUAUAGAAAAUCACAGCCAUAAUUACAAUACUGAUACAAAAAAGGUCGUACAUAGGCAUCCCACAAGAAGUGAGUACAUAAUAAACUAUAAUGACAAAAACGGAACUGUCUCUUCAAUAUGCAAAAUAAAAGCGGGCCAUUCUCUAUCUAAAAGAAAACCAGUGACGAAAGAGAAAAACAAAGAGAAUGCCAAAGAAAUAAAACAUAGAAGUCUAGACAAAACUACCCUGCUUCAGCUACCAGAACAGCAAUGGAAUCAAAAUGGAUUGACGCAAGAAAAUAGAAAAAGGAAAAUUAAAAAUCGCGUGCAAAGGUCUUGCCAGAUAUUAUAGCUUCAUUAUUGCUUGUAUCAAAAUAAUAAACUACACAACACUAUUUAUAGAUGCCACUACUGUAUUUUUGUAAUAUUAAGUAUUAUAAUAAUAUGUUGUGUAAUUAGACAGUGAUCUCAUGUUACUUUGUUAUUAUCUUCAAUAAACUAAUAUACUAUGCAAUAAAAAACCGUAUUUUAAGACUA